GUUCAAGUGAAAUACCAGUCUCAAGAGAAACAUUAAAAUAUGAUUUUCAAGUACAUCCAAGAGCCAGUCCAAGGCGCUCUGCUUCGGUCCAGAGACUCGCUGAUCUACCUAAACAGAUCCAUAGAUCAAAUGGGAUGGAGGCUGCCGCCACGAACGAAGCCAUAUUGGUGGCUUUACUACAUCUGGACACUGGUGGUCAUAGUACUCGUCUUCAUCUUCAUACCCUACGGACUCAUAAUGACUGGAAUAAAGGAGUUCAAGAACUUCACGACCACGGAUCUGUUUACUUAUGUCCAGGUGCCGGUCAACACCAAUGCCUCCAUCAUGAAGGGCAUUAUAGUGUUGUUUAUGCGGAGGCGAUUCUCAACGGCUCAAAAGAUGAUGGACGCUAUGGACACUCGGUGCACCAAGAUGGAGGAGAAGGUCCAGGUGCACCGAGCAGCGGCUUUAUGCAACCGCGUUGUUGUGAUUUACCAUUGCAUCUACUUCGGCUACCUAUCCAUGGCCUUGAUGGGAGCUCUGGUAAUCGGGAAGACUCCAUUCUGUUUGUAUAAUCCACUGGUCAACCCCGACGAACAUUUCUAUCUGGCCACUGCAAUUGAGUCGGUCACCAUGGCUGGCAUUAUUCUGGCCAACCUCAUUUUGGACGUAUAUCCGAUCAUAUAUGUGGUCAUAUUGCGGAUGCACAUGGAGCUCUUGAGCGAAAGGAUCAAGAAACUGCGCACUGAGGUGGACAAGGGAGACGAUCAGCAUUAUGCGGAGCUGGUGGACUGUGUGAAGGAUCACAAGCUGAUUGUCGAAUAUGGAAACAUCCUACGGCCCAUGAUAUCAGCCACGAUGUUCAUCCAGCUGCUGUCCGUCGGACUGCUUUUGGGUCUGGCAGCGGUGUCCAUGCAGUUCUACAACACCGUCAUGGAGCGUUUUGUUUCUGGGGUCUACACCAUAGCCAUACUUUCCCAGACCUUUCCCUUUUGCUAUGUGUGUGAGCAGCUGAGCAGUGAUUGCGAGUCCCUGACCAACACACUGUUCCAUUCCAAGUGGAUUGGCGCUGAGCGACGUUAUAGAAGCACGAUGUUGUACUUCAUCCACAAUGUGCAGCAGUCGAUUUUGUUCACUGCGGGCGGAAUUUUCCCCAUAUGUCUAAACACCAAUAUUAAGAUGGCCAAGUUCGCUUUCUCAGUGGUGACCAUUGUAAAUGAGAUGGACUUGGCCGAGAAAUUGAGAAGGGAGUAAUUCGGCUUGUGUCAGAAAUUCGAUCAAAUCACUUUUAGAGAGGAAGUUUCCCAUUGUGCAAAUAAGCAAAGCAAAUAAACAAGCAACAAAUGUAGAUUGUAGAUCAGUUUAAACAUUUUGCAAAAAUUAUGGUAAUCUCUUAGAGGUCUGGCAAACUGAUUGCACCUUGACAAACAUAACUGACCUGGCAAACAAAGCAGAACUCCAAUUUUACUAUUACAGCCUGCCAUUAUAUGGUGGUAAAUGGGAAGCCCUCUUAUCUGGAGACUGCUCCGUCUCUUGGCACCUGCCGCUGGAGCACUCUGCCCGUCUGGAACUGCCGUCCGGUCCAUUACAGUUAUGGGCAGUUGGAGGCACUGCUGCACAUCUGCGCCGUCUUCUAAUUUCGAAUCGUGUUCCACAACAGCAACUCCAAGUGCAACAC